UUUCUCGCUGGGUGGAUUUUACGCCCCGUGGGCUUUGAGAACAGUUAACCCCGCGUUCCUUUUGUGGUCAGCUCCUGGUUGGGUUAACUCUGUCAGCUCUGUCCUUCCCAGUGUGUGUGGAGUUGACCCAGGACUGCGGAUCCUCCCGGGAGAGCAGGGUCUGAGGGAGUCGUGUUUGAUGAAGCGUGUGUCCUCCAUACGCAGGCUUGCCGUUGACUGGACUUUGCCCCGUACAGUGUGUGAGCACUGAAGCAUGGGCUGAGAGGAGCUGCCUGUGUUUGUGGGACUGUACGGCUGGUAGCAGCAGCAGAGCAGUCAGAUCCCUGGGUGGAUUCUGCUCCUCAGUGCUGAGGAAACUGGCUGGUCACUGAGGAUACUCUCUUUGAAGCUAUCUCUCUAAGCCCUGAACUUUUUUUUUUUCAUUGGGUCCUUCAGGGCUUUGUUUAUUUGGACUGUGGUGGACCCUUUGUUAAGUAGACUUUUUGUUGAAUGGACUUUGUGUAAAGCAGACAAGGAGUGUGUCCAGUGUGAUGAGUGGGCUGGCUCAGAGCCCUCCUCCCUGACAGACAAGCCUCUCCUGAGGCUGAGAGAAGCCCACAUAUGAGCCCCCCAUCAUGGAGGUCAUCUUACACCUGGUAACUGCUGACUCCUCUCCACCUCCCACCCCCACCACCAUCGACCGGUUGGAGGUGAGUGGGUUGCCUCAGACCCCUCUGUCCGUGUCGUGUGGGGCUGACGGCUCAUUCUCCGGGGCUGACGAUGGCACCCCUGACCCCCAGCGCACCAAGCAGGCCAUCGCCCAGCUGCAGCAGAAGAUCCUCAAGCUCACGGAGCAGAUCAAGAUCGAGCAGACUGCCAGGGAUGACAACGUGGCCGAGUACCUCAAACUGGCAAACAAUGCAGACAAGCAGCAGAGUGCCCGCAUUAAACAGGUGUUUGAGAAGAAGAACCAGAAGUCGGCCCAGACCAUCCAGCAGCUGCAGAGGAAGCUGGAGCACUACCACCGCAAGCUGCGCGAGGUGGAGCACAACGGCAUCCCUCGGCAGCCCAAGGAUGUGCUCCGGGACAUGCAGCAGGGGCUGAAGGACGUGGGGGCCAAGGUGACGGGCUUCAGUGAGGGGGUGGUGGACAGCGUGAAGGGGGGUCUCUCCAGCUUCUCUCAGGCCACGCACUCGGCCGCCGGGGCGGUGGUGUCCAAACCCCGCGAGAUCGCUUCGCUCAUCCGCAACAGGUUCGGCAGCGCCGACAACCUCCCCUCCCUCAAGGACUCCCUGGACGACCCUUCGGGGGAGGACGGGGUGACGGGCGGUGGCGGGCGCUCGUUGGGCAGCGCGGGACACCAUUUCCAGUCCAGCCCCAAGUACGGCAGCGAGGACGACUGCUCCAGUGCCACGUCAGGCUCAGCAGGGGCCAACAGCACCACGGGAGCCCCGGGGGGACCCCCCAGCUCCAAGGGCAACACCCUGGAGAGGAGCCAGAGCUCAGGCAUGGACAUGCUGCUGCAGGAGGUGCAGGAUCUGAGGGAGGGCCAGACGCGCCUGGAGGAGAGUCUGGAUGGCCUGAAGAACCACUACCAGAGGGACUACACUGUCAUCAUGCAGGCCCUGCAGGAAGAACGCUUCAGGUGUGAGCGUCUGGAGGAGCAGCUGAAUGACCUGACAGAGCUUCACCAGAAUGAGAUCCUCAAUCUAAAGCAGGAGCUGGCCAGCAUGGAAGAGAAGAUAGCCUACCAGUCCUACGAGAGGGCUCGGGACAUACAGGAGGCGCUGGAGGCGUGUCAGACGCGCAUCUCCAAGAUGGAGCUGCAGCAGCAGCAGCAGCAGGUGGUGCAGCUGGAGGGGCUGGAGAACGCCACGGCCCGCACCCUGCUGGGGAAGCUCAUCAACGUGCUGCUGGCCCUCAUGGCCGUGCUGCUGGUCUUCGUCUCCACCGUGGCCAACUGUGUCGUCCCCCUGAUGAAGACGCGCUCGCGCUCCUUCUCCACCCUCCUCCUCGUCCUCCUCUUCGCCUUCCUGUGGAGGAACUGGGACGCCCUCUCGGGAUACACACACCGAGCGCUGCAGCCCCCCAGAUGAUUAGGGCCAGGCGGGUAGUGUUCGCGUUGCUAAGGAGACGUCAAUGGUGUGACUUCUUGUCGCAUACAGGAAGCCGGAGAGCCUAACUGCAAUAGGAUGUGAAGGCUGUCUCGUCGGGCUCUGAGGAUUUCUCCAAUCAGCUGUCACAGAUAUGCAGGAAUUGGAAGUAAACCAGAGCGAAAGAGACAAGGAGGGAAGAUCAGUGAACAGUCACAUGACUUUCCUUUGGAAAAGAAGAGACUUUGUUUACAUAUUUGGAGACAAGAUAUUAUAGUGUUCUUUUCCUCACAGGAUGCAAUGUCAUACUGGUUUUAUUUUUAGAGGUUAAUCAAGUAUAUUGUCUUUACAUUUUCUAAUAUUUUAUUUGAAACAUUAUUGUAUUCUGUACCAUGUAGCAUUAAGCUCCUCCCACUCUGCACAAAGAGGAGCUUGUCAGGAAACUGAUUGGCUAUUCACCUCAGGGGCUAACCAGCCCCUAUGUCGAGACAUGAACAUGUUUUAGGCUGCCUUCAGGAAAUGACUCACUACCGAGCUGUGAUUGGUAGAAAUGUGAAGGCAAACGUUCCUCAAACCUCUGCUACUGCUACUUGAUUCUGAGACCAGACAACCUCAGAGAACCCUCCAUUUCCCAGAGUCAAAGGAAGGACAUUAUGUUUUGUGUCAUCAUGCAUAGAGACUCCUUGUGCUUCCGUACUGUUUUACUAGAAAUGAUUUACGUUUUUAAGUCAACAAGAACUUGAACUGUUUUAAAUAGGAGAGUGACAAACAUUAACUACAUAUAGAAUGUGGCACCAGAAAAGACAGAGGUUUGGGUCGACAACUUGCCACAAAACCACUGAAUAGGACCAUGGGGGCUAAUGUGAUAGCCCAUACACUGUAUUAUCCAUUUGGUCUCAAAUGUGUUUUUUCUGAAUGCUCGUUUUUAUUAACCUUUAGAGAAUCCCAGCACCUUACAGCACCCUGUACCGGACCCCCUGGGGGUAUAGGAGAAUGUGAAAAUACAUAGGUCGUCCAUCCUGUAGAUGACACAGACUUGAUAGGUGGUGUCCUCAUGUCCUUCCAAAUUUGACCUCUAAAAUCUAGUUUGAAGGAAGGCUGAUUCAUAUCUACAUUAAUAGUUGUCUCCACUGCCAUGUCAAAUCAAUGCACUUACCUGUGUAGGAAUAUUCUGCAACGCACUUCUACUGUCGCUGCUGAGUGUUCCACUCCCACCCUUUGCCACCCUACCAUUCUUCAUGCCAAAACAGGGAGGGGCCUGUCAGGGGUCAGCUGUGCCAGAAGGAGACCUAGGUCAGGAAGUCUCAAAGCAUGAGAAGACAGCCUAGUCCUUCCGUGUGAACAGACAGCACACGGUGCUGUAGUGCAUGAAUGACAUUUUUCAAGGUGAGGGCGAUGUAGUACUGUGAGAGACACAACCUCUGUGAUCAGGAUGUUGGGUGUUUAGAUGCGCAUGUCCUAACUCUGAUCCUGGUUUACAACUCAGUAUGCUGGCUCAGUAGAGGAUCUGUCUUAUCUUUAUUCAUCUGCUCCAGAGACAGUCCAGCUAAAGUCCACCAUGCUCCACAGAAGAUAACAGUAGGUCCGAUCAGUGGAAUUGUUGACCUGCACUUCCUAGUACUGUACACUGCUAGAGGACAAAGAUUGUAAUACACUUGAUAGCAAUUCCAUACAUAGUUGCUGAUGCAUAGCCCUCCUUGAUAGGGGUGGUGUUCAGGAUUAUAGUUAUUACUUUGGAACAGUUUUACAGAAUAGGAAUAAAUGGAAGUUAGUUGACACUGCAGUGGAUGUAGACAUAUUUAUGGCAUCAGAAUGAAUAUACACCCUGAAUGAAUAUUGUUCAUAUGUUGUGGUUGUGAACUCAGCCCAGUAGAGAUGCUCUCUGGCCCUGGUUAGACCUUGCAGUGACCUUUCUGAUGCAGCAUGGUAGGGUUGUGUAGCUAAACCACUCCAGUGCCUUCCAAUGUCCUUUUCUAAGUGUGGGAUAAUAAAAUAAAGUGCAUUCCUGACUAACUUACUCUGCCAUUUAUCUGUGUGUACAUAUGUGUGUGUUUGGUAUUUAGAUUGUUAAUGGAAUGAACACAAACACUAGAUGAGAUUCU